UGACUAGAAUUAGGGUUGUAGGUUGGUAACCGCCCCGAAGAACCGAAGAUUUUUCGGCAGGGUUUUGGAUAUCCGAAGAUUUUCUGAGAACCGACAACUCUAAAAGGAACUAUUAAUAUGGCCCUAAUCAUCCUACACGAUUUUAUAAAGUAAAAAAAACUAAAAGAAUAAAUUAAUUUAUAGCAGUUAAAAAAUUAUUUAAAAUAAUUGAGAAUGAGUGCUACUCGAGAAUCCUCUACCGAAACAGCUGAUCGUUAUCCUUUUGGCUACUCUACAGAGCUUACCUCGAAUCAUGAAUCCUCCAUCUGUACAGCUAAAAGGCUUAGGCAACGCUUACAACGACAACAAUCGGGACAGUCGGGAAGGCGGUAUACUGGUGAAAGUAGUGAAGGGUCAUCCUUGGUGGGUACCCCAACAGAAUCAGGCCGUUGCUUCACCUUUACUGCAGCACAACGUGUAUUACGAACAGACCCAGAUAGAAAACCUUCAAUGAAUCAAAAUUUGUCUGAAAUGUUGUUAGAUGCGAUACAUAUGGAUGAUGCUAGCCUGGUAGAUAGGCUGUUGCUUUCACACUGUGGAAAUAAGGUAGAAACACUGAAUUAA